CGCUCGUCGCCUAAUAGCCGGAGCCUUAGCCGCCCUGUGCCGCGCGACACAAGAAUGUUAUAAUACUCGAUCCUAAUACCCGGCGCGUCAUAAUGAAGAGCGCCACCAACCUUGUCUCUCGCAUAGUCUACAAUUCCAUCUAUCUUCUAUUGUGUCUUCUCCUCGCCGCUUUAUUUCUUGUCGUUCCCGGCGAUUUUAUCCGCCAGGAUCUGUUUCCCUCCGGUCAAUACAUCAACUUAAUCGUCCUCGCCAUCGUCUUCGUCCUUACUGUACUAAUUGUUCUAUUCAUUUACAUCUUGCGACUGUAUGUUACCCGGACUGUACUGGCCUCGAUACCCAAAACCUGGAUACCCAUCGAGAAGGGAGAUGUCCCUAAGGAGGUCCGCAAAGUGAUCGCUACCGACCUCGGUCGCAGUGCCGCCAUCGCGUUGGGGGCGCAUCCAAAGGUCAUAGCGCCGGUAAUCCGAGCGACAUCAUUGGAAGAUGUCCCAGAGGAGGAAUCGGUGACCGAUAAGAAUAUAAAGAAGCCAAGACGGUCUCUUCAGUUAUUCAAGCCGAAAUCACCUGCAACAGUAGAAGAGCAGCUGGGUAUCUCUUUUCCUCCCUUGCGCCCCGUUUGGGGCGAGAUCGAGCACGACGGCUGGGGUUCGCCAAGCUCACCAGAUCUGGCCAACCUUCAAUAUAGCACAGUCCUCUCCGAGUUACCGAACCUGAUCGAAGCUAAAGCGGUCUCUCAAGCACCAAUGGAUCCGACCUCUGCUAUGAACCCGCCAAUGUUUGAUGCGGACUCGGUUUCUCUCCUCCAGCGCCGUUUUAACAUGACGAUGAGGGACUACGUCAUGCACCUCAUCGGUAUUGGCGUGCUGUCGAGCUCCCAAGAGGCAUUCGAGUUCCUUGAUAGCUAUGAGCGUGCCCGCUUCUCCACUCGCCCCAUGUCUAAUGCACACUUUCGGCAGCUGAUGCAUCUUUUCGCCGAGCUUCUACGUGCAAUGCAACCUCUGGACGCAGCCUCUUUAUACGAACCUCGCAGUCCUAAUGGCGCUUACUCCGAAAGCGACGGGCAUAUCGACGAUGACGCCCCUCGGGAUACCAACCCGACUACGCCUACGCGGAGUGGGUCAAGUUCCCUUAGUCUUAGCGGGAGUAGCACGCGCUCGCGUGCCCGUAGGCUGACCUUGCCGGACCGCAGGUCUUCGACCCAUACCUGGCACCAGUAUCGUACCGCGCCGACGACGCCGAGGAGUAAGUUCGGUGAUAGGAGGACAUCGCAGUCUACCAGCUCAAGUAACGGGGGGAGUUUCGCGCAGACUUGGCGACCAUACCCUGCCAGUCGAAAAUCGAGCGCAAGUUUUAGGUCUGCUUCCCAGUCUUCUGUCAUCCGGCUUGCGACAAGGGAGGACCGCGGUGAUCUACCAUAUGUACUAAGAAUCGGGGAGUCGUUCUAGACCCUAGCGCCUGUACUAUUAUGUGGGAGGUCACGGUUCGUAUACGAACUUUUGAUAUCUAAUUUAAUGUUUUUAUUCUCAGGUGAUAUCCACCAGGCCAAAGUUGCGAUGCACACGUACAUUCUCCCCGAUGAGAUGUGGCCCACUCGGAAUGCCGUCAAGAAACAUGCCCCAUACUGUGGUGGCUAGUAUAGUAUAUUUCUGACGCCAUUCUGCCACCAUAAUUCCAACUCUUGGUAUCCUGCGCCGGACGCCUCGCUUCCGCUAUCAUAAAUAUGUACCGAGCUACAUGAUAUCGUA